AUGACGGCUCUAACGGGGCAGCCCUCGCAGGGCCCCACGGCACCUCUUGAUGACGCUGACGUGGGACCUCAGCCACUGCCGCUGUCAACCAUGCGGCCGUUCGACUGGAGGGCGUUCGUGACGGAUAUCAAGUCAGAGGCCAGAGAGUCGCGGCGGGCUGUUGAGAAGCGGAUGCAGCGGCUUGCGGUGCUGGAUAAGAGUAUGCGUAAGCAGGUGGAGGCGACUGCGGCGGUGGAGCUUGCGGUACAGGAGCUGGAGGGUAAGAUAGAGAAGGCUGUGCAGCGGGAGAAGAACUUGCAUCGAUUGAUAGCUGCAGCCAAAAGGCGGAGGACACGACUUCAGGCCGAGGCUGAGGAGGCUGAGGCGAAGCUAGCGAAAAUGGAGGCGGUACCAUCCGCCGCCGUAAAGAAGGACCUCAGUGCUGAAAUGCAUUUACGGACUGAGGCUGAUGUUUAUGGGAAACAUGAGAUGGGUGAGUUGCAGCAGCGACUGCAUUUCACCCGGUCUCGGUAUCAGAAGACGCAAGAGGAGAAUAAACGAUUAUGGUCAAUUCUUUCUGACAUCGAGCUGGAAGAUGAAUUGCUUAGGGAGAGGACGAGUGAGCAGGACAGUAGCAAACUCAAUGCGCACCAAUUUGAAUUUUCAAAUGCCCUUCAGGAUCUCAUCAAAAGCUUUAAGGAGGUCACGCUAGCGGCUUCUGCGGUUGAGGAAGAUUCCAUUUAUAGAUAA